CUAGAACCCAUAUUGGAUUUCAGAGCUUUCAGUUUCCGCGCAUCACACGGCGGCGGGGUGGCUGCACCAUGUACGCGCUUAUCCGGAGGUCCUCCGCCAUAGUCGGCUGCAAACUCCAAUUCUCCCGCACUGCAAGUACCUUCACAGCACCGAUCAUCAACGACACUGGUCUCUACGGCUACAGUCACCUGAAAACCGCCAAAGGAUUCCAACGCUUCGCUGAAGAUGCUAUCGAGAGGUCUACAGAACUGUUGAACCACAUUUCUUCUAUGCCGUCUGCUCCAGAAAUCAUUCGAAAAUUAGAUGAAAUUUCUGAUACCGUAUGCUCAGUGAUUGAUGCUGCCGAGCUAUGUAGACAUACUCAUCCAGAUAGGGAAUUUGUUGAGGAGGCGAGCCGGGCUUCUUCAAGACUUAAUAACUUUUUACACUACUUGAAUUCAAAUCAAAGUAUAUAUAAGGCUGUGUUGAAAGCAGAAAACGAAGGAGAUUCACUCACAGAUGAAGGUAAGAGGGCAGCUCAUUUUUUACGCAAUGAUUUGGAGAAUGGCGGAAUUCAUCUUUCCCCUGAGAGACUGGAUCAAGUGAAUCAGCUUAAUACAGAGAUUGUUCAGUUGUGUAGAAAGUUUAGUACAAAUAUUGUCACUGACCCUGGUCAUGUGGAUAUAUUUCCAGCAUCACGUGUUGCUAAACCUUGGCGCCACCUUGUCAAGCCUAUCUAUCAAGUACCAAAGGAUAUCUCUGAGGGAUCCAAUUGGUGUAGAGAUGGAAAGGAUGAAAAGGGGUUCAGGUUGGUAACCUCACCAAGCAAUUUGCAGCAUGUACUUCAAUGUGUAUCAGAUGCUGAGGUUAGGAAGAUGGCAUAUGUCCAGGGAUAUUCUUCCCCACAUGAAAAUAUUACAAUUCUUGAUAAGCUAAUUGCGGCUCGCCAUGAAUUUGCUCAGAUUCUGGGCUAUAAAUCCUAUUCUGCAUUUGCUCUACAUUCAACAAUGGCUGCAUCUCCAGAAGUCGUCAUUUCCUUUUUGCUCGAGAUGAGCAAAGUGGUUAGACCCAAGGCUGACAAGGAAUUUAAGGCAAUCAAGGAGUUUAAGAGAAUAAAGAAUUGUGAACAGAGUAUAGACUUAGAGCCAUGGGAUGAGGGAUACUACACAUGGUUGAUGAAGUCGUCUGCAUACAACAUGAAUUCCUUGGCUGUGACGUCAUAUUUUCCUUUAGAGCGUUGUAUAGAGGGCUUAAAGAUUUUGGUUGAGUCACUUUUUGGCGUGACUUUUCGGCAUAUUCCUCUGGCACCUUCUGAAUCAUGGCAUCCAGAUGUGAUCAAAAUAUUGUUACAACAUCCUAAUGAGGGUGAAUUGGGUUACUUAUACCUUGAUUUGAAGUCAAGAAUGGGUAAAGAUCCUAUAUGUGCCCAUUUUGCCAUCAGAGGAGGACGUUGGGUUUCUGAUACAGAGUACCAACUUCCUAUUGUUGCCCUUGUUUGUGAUUUCUCAUGUCCAAAAUCAACAUCAGUGAUGCUUAACCAACAAGAAGUAGAAACACUUUUUCAUGAAUUUGGGCAUGCUCUUCAUUCAUUACUUUCAAGAACGGAGUAUCAACAUUUUUCAGGGACUAGAGCUGUUCUUGAUUUUGCUGAAACACCUUCGACGCUCUUUGAGCACUUCGCACUGGAUUAUCGUGUUCUAAGCACAUUUGCUAAACACUAUUCGACCAAUGAUGUCAUUCCAAAAGAAUUGGUAAAAUCAAUGGUUGAAGCAAAAAAUAUGUUUUCUGCAACAGAAUUACAACGUCAGAUAUUCUAUGCCUUAGUUGAUCAAACACUUUUCGGAGAGCAGCCUUCUUCAGGCAGAGAUACAAUGUCCAUUGUUGCUGAUCUUAAACAGCAACACACAAGCUGGAAGCAUGUGGAUGGAACACAUUGGCACACCCGAUUCAAUCAUCUCACAAACUACGGCGCAGGCUACUAUAGCUACCUGUAUGCAAGAUGCUUCUCCGCGACCAUAUGGGAAAAGAUAUGCAAAGAGGAUCCACUCUCACCAGCAACAGGUUCAGCUCUAAGAGAGAAGUUACUGCAGCACGGAGGAGCCAAAGACCCUAAUGAUAUAUUGAACGAUCUCGUAGGGAAUGGCAUCACAAGGACUCGGGGCAAAGGUGUCAUACCCGACAUUACAUGUUUAUGCAACAUGUUGGAGCUUUAGAAAUGGCAAAGUCGCCCUUGUUCUAAUGGUACAGAAUCUUGAACAUAUGGUACAAAGUUCUUGAGCAUAUGGUAACUUGGCGUGAAGUAGGAAUGCCAAUGAGUCGAAUUUUGAUCAACUCCACCCAUUCGCUCUCCCUCUGUUAUCCGGCCCAUCCAUCACCUGAUCCAUACGUCAUCCACGGGUGAAAUGGGUGGAAUAGGUGAAAAGCGGAUGAAAAUAAUAACACUUUUUUUAUUGCUAAUGGCAUUGUAUUAAAUUAUCAUUUUGAUUGACAAUAGUGGUACAUUAUAUCAUU